AGACCUUUAUAUAAUAAUAUCAGUCGAACUCCUUACAGAGCAAAAAAAACCCUAGACUAGUCGGCGAGUGUGAGGAAGACAGGGAGAGAUGCAGAUCUUCGUGAAAACCCUAACUGGGAAGACCAUCACCCUUGAGGUCGAGUCUAGCGACACCAUCGACAAUGUCAAGGCUAAGAUUCAGGACAAGGAAGGUAUUCCUCCGGACCAGCAGAGGUUGAUCUUUGCCGGAAAGCAGCUUGAAGAUGGUCGCACUCUUGCUGAUUACAACAUCCAGAAAGAGUCCACAUUGCAUUUGGUUUUGAGGCUCCGUGGUGGAAUCAUCGAGCCAUCUCUAAUGGCAUUGGCCAGGAAAUACAACCAAGAAAAGAUGAUUUGCCGCAAGUGCUAUGCCCGUCUCCACCCUCGUGCUGUUAACUGCAGAAAGAAGAAGUGUGGACACAGCAACCAGGUAAACGAACUUUUCUUUGAUUAUUUUUUUCCCGAGUUUCAAUUAAUAAUUAUUAUGAACUCGUUUAUUCAAAACUCGAUUGUUUUGUAACUUGAAUUGCAGUUGAGGCCAAAGAAGAAGAUCAAGUAGAUUUUCGUUCCUACCAUAAGGUGCUGCUUCUGCAGUUUCCUAUUAUUAGAACAUUAAUUUUGUUUUUGCUAUCUUUUAGGAAUUCAAAGUAUGUUUUGGACAACAUUGCUCUAUUGGGAAAACUUAUUUCUUAUAUUUCGUUGUAGUUUGGAAUUUUGGUUAUUCAGAUGUUGAGUUCGACCUAUUUUAGGUUUUACUUUUAACUAUUCUCUAAUACAUUUAUAUGGUUAUGUUCUUGCUC